AUGGGAAUCUCACGCGACUCGAGGCACAAGCACUACAAGACCGGAGGCCGCAGCAAUGUCUCCAUCAAGAAGCGCAAGUACGAGAUGGGCCGGCCAGCCACUCCUUGCAAGCUGGGCAACAAGCGCGUGCGAGUGGUGCGUUGCCGUGGUGGCAACAAGAAGUACCGUGCCUUGAGGCUAGACACGGGCAACUACGCCUGGGGCUCCGAAAACGUGACGAAAAAAGUCAGAAUCCUGGAUGUGGUCUACAAUGCCACCAGCAACGAACUGGUGCGAACCAAGACAUUGCUGAAGAACACGAUCGUGCAGAUCGAUGCCCACCCGUUCAUGCAGUGGUACCUGAAAAAGUAUGGCAUGGACCUGGGCAAGAAGAAGAAGGGUGCUGAGAAGAAGGAAGAGAAGAAGGAAGAAACAGAGGAGCACAAGAGCCGACAUGUGCUUGCAAAGCAGAAGGCCCGUGCUGCCAACCAGAAGCUCGACAUCAACCUCGAGGAGCAGUUCCAGAGCGGACGCCUUCUGGCGUGCAUCGCCUCCCGCCCUGGCCAGUGCGGCCGCGCGGACGGCUACGUUCUCGAGGGCGAGGAGCUGAGCUUCUACAGGCGCAAGCUCGAGAAGAAGAAGAAGAACUGA